AUGUUAUAGUGAGCACGGUUUCUUUUGGUGUAGGUGGUAUUGGCCUUGGUUCAGAUUCUUAAAUCAAAGACUAAAUUAGUAUUUGUUCAAUUUAAGUUGUUUGGAAAUUAAGUUAAAAUAAUGUCUGGAGCAGUGCAGAGAAUUAUAGAAGCGUAUUCUUUUGCUAUGGACAAUGGAGAUCCAAGGACAACCAACUGGAUUCUGAUUGACUCUUUCCUUCCGUCUGCUCUAAUCAUGAUUAGUUACUUAAUAUUUAUCCAUGUGGGAUCAAAAGUCAUGAAACAUCGAUCACCGUUGCAGUUAAGGUGGUUACUUGUUCCAUACAACUUUGCUCUUGUGUUGAUGUCAGCUUAUCUGUGUAUUCAAAUACUCAGUGCAGCUUAUGAGGCUCGCUACAGUGUUGUUUGCCAGGCAGUGGAGUCUUCAGAACAUCCUCGAGUUAUGAAGAUGGCUGAACUCAUUUGGUUAUUCUACAUCUCCAAGAUUGUGGAAUUGAUGGACACUGUUUUCUUUAUCCUGCGAAAGAAGUUUAACCAGGUGUCAUUUCUCCACUGCUACCACCAUUGCACCAUCGUAUUUAACACUUGGAUGGGUGUGAAGUAUGCUCCUGGCGGCCAGAGUAUGUAUUUUGUGUUGUCUUGAAAUUAAAUUUGUAUA